AUAAACUCAUGGAGAAUCUUGUGAAGGUCCAUGGAGGUGGUGGCUAUGACUCUGAAUUCAGUGAUGAGGAUGAUGAUGAUGAUGAUGAACAGGGGGGACCCUCCGAGAAAGCUCUGAAAAGAAAGCGUGAGAAGGAAAUCUUACAGAAGCCGUUUCAGAAAGAUCGGCACUCUAAGGUGGCUCAUCGCAGUUUACACCACAAUGAAGUGGACAGAGAGGAAGCCAGGAACAGACGAGCUCACCUCAUAUCACUUAACGCUUUUGAGCGACAUAAGAAGUUUGUCGGCGACUACAUUUUGUAUUACGGAGGACAGAUGGCUGACUUCAGACGCUCCAUAGCUAAAGACAGAACGGAUCUGGAUGUGCUGCGUGAACAUCAUCGUUUCCUCUGGAAGGAUGAGGAUGAGGAAGACAUGACAUGGGAAAAAGAACUUGCCAAGAAGUAUUACGACAAGCUGUUUAAGGAGUACUGCAUAGCUGACCUAAGCAGAUACAAGGACAACAAGUUUGGAUUUCGUUGGCGGAUGGAGAAUGAAGUUGUGUCUGGGAAAGGUCAGUUCCAGUGUGGAAACAAACGGUGUGAAAAAGAAGAAGGACUAAAAAGCUGGGAGGUCAAUUUUGCCUAUGUUGAACAUGGAGAGAAGAGGAACGCUCUGGUCAAACUCAGACUGUGCCCUGAAUGCUCGUUCAAACUCAACUACCAUCACAAGAGAAAGGAGGUAAAAGUAAAAACGAAAACAAUGAUAUCAGCGGAGAACAAGGAGCCACAGAAGAAGAGGAGGAAAAAGAGGAAGAGAUCAUCGUCUCAUUCUAAGAAACACAAACACAAGAAGCGGAAAGGUCAUACCGUCUCUUCCAGCAGCUCAGAAUCAGAGUCGGAAAACUCGGACAAAGACAGUGAAGCUGGGAGCGAGCCAGAUGGCCAAUCAGAAGCCGACCACUGGCGAGGACCCGCCCCUGCAGUGGAGGAAAAGUCAAGGGAGGAAGAGUUUGAUGAGUACUUUGAAGACAUGUUUCUUUGA